CUUUUCUCUAAGGCUUUACAGUCCUGCCCAAGAUGGCCGUCUGGAUUCUGGCACCGCCCCUCCGCCCUGCGCUUGCCUCUCCGCGCAUGGCGGCUCUGAGCCGCGGUUCCCGGUACGCGACGUAAGACCGGAAGUAACCGUGGAGUCACAGUGCAUCUCUCCGCAGCCUGUUUCCUCCGAUAGAACCCGUUUCUGGGCUCAGAGCCUCCAGUAAAAGAUGUUGAUGCUGCCGCUGCUGCUGCUACCCCUUAGCUGCGCAGUGGAGGUCAAGAGGCCCCGGGGCGUCUCCCUCACCAACCAUCACUUCUACGACGAGUCCAAGCCUUUCACUUGCCUGGAUGGUUCGGCCACUAUCCCCUUUGAUCAGGUCAACGAUGACUACUGUGACUGCAAGGAUGGCUCAGAUGAGCCAGGUACAGCUGCCUGUCCUAAUGGCAGCUUCCAUUGCACCAAUACUGGCUACAAGCCCCUGUAUAUCUCUUCCAGCCGGGUCAAUGAUGGAAUUUGCGACUGUUGUGAUGGGACAGAUGAAUACAACAGCGGCAUCGUCUGUGAGAACACCUGCAAAGAGAAGGGCCGUAAGGAGAGAGAGUCUCUACAGCAGAUGGCAGAGGUCACCCGCGAGGGGUUCCGCCUAAAGAAGAUCCUUAUUGAGGACUGGAAGAAGGCCCGAGAGGAGAAGCAGCAAAAGCUCAUUGAGCUCCAGGCUGGAAAGAAGUCUCUGGAAGACCAGGUGGAGAUGCUGAGGACAGUGAAGGAGGAGGCUGAGAAGCCAGAGAAGGAGGCCAAAGAACAGCACCAGAAGAUGUGGGAAGAGCAGCUGGCUGCCACCAGGGCUCAGAGGGAGCAGGAGCUGGCAGCUGAUGCCUUCCAGGAACUGGAUGACAACAUGGACGGGUUAGUAUCCGUGGCUGAGCUCCAGACCCAUGUGGAACUGGACACAGAUGGGGAUGGGGCACUCUCCGAAGCAGAAGCCCAGACCCUCCUCGGGGGUGAAACGCAGGUGGAUCCCGCCUCCUUCUAUGACCGUGUCUGGGCUGUCAUCAAGGACAAGUACCGGUCUGAGGCACUGCCUACUGACCUGCCAGCGCCGUCUGCCCCUGACGUGACAGAGCCUAAGGAGGAGCAUCCCCCAGUGCCCUCAUCACCCACGGAGGAGGAGGAGGAGGGGGAGGCAGCUGAGGAAGAGGCUGAGGAGGAGGAAGAGGAAGAAGAUGAUUCCGAGGAGGCCCCAUCCCCGCUUGGCCCCCCCCAGCCUGCCAGCCCCACUGCUGCCCAGGAGGACAAGAUGCCGCCCUACAGUGAGCAGACACAGGCCUUGAUCGAUGCUGCCCAGGAGGCCCGAAACAAGUUUGAGGAGGCUGAGCGUUCCUUGAAGGACAUGGAAGAAUCCAUCAGGAACCUAGAGCAGGAGAUUUCCUUUGAUUUUGGCCCCAACGGGGAGUUCGCCUACCUGUACAGCCAGUGCUACGAGCUCACCACCAACGAAUACGUCUACCGGCUCUGCCCCUUUAAGCUGGUCUCACAAAAACCCAAACUUGGUGGCUCCCCCACCAAUCUUGGCACUUGGGGCUCAUGGGCUGGCCCUGACCAUGACAAGUUCAGUGCCAUGAAGUAUGAGCAGGGCACAGGCUGCUGGCAGGGCCCCAACCGAUCUACCACGGUGCGCCUCCUGUGCGGGAAGGAAACCGUGGUGAUCAGUACCACAGAGCCUAGUCGCUGUGAGUACCUCAUGGAGUUGAUGACACCAGCUGCCUGCCUGGAGCCACCACCUGAGCCACCAGCCGAUGGUGACCAUGAUGAGCUCUAGCCACACAGGCGCAGAGAACCUCGAGAAGGCAUAAAAGCAGCCCUCAGCUCUUGUGCCCACCUGCCCCUGUGUCUGUGGAUCACUGAUCAGACCUGCCUCUGGGUCUCCUGCUCUCCCUCAUGGGGGCAGGACCCUCGUGGACUUCGUGUCUUGCUCUCGGAGCCCAGGUGGGGCUGAGCCAUGUUCCCAGGCCUCAGUGGCCUGCAAAGAUGGGAUAAAGGAGCUCACCCUCCCUGGGCCCCCCACCCUAGUGGCCAUGCCCCUGCCCACUGCCUGGUCUCCCCUCCUGGUGGGGACACGUGAAUGACUGUGACCUCAAACCAAUAAAUGUGAUCCCCCCACCCAAA